AUGGACCCAAAAGAAUACCUUCCUCGCCUUCAACAAUUUCUGAACGAAAUCGCUUACAGCUAUACCCCCCCUUCUCCUCCAUCUGCCGAGUUUCUUCGAACUCAUCACCACUGGGUACAUCACAUUCUUGGUCCAAUGACAUCGUGGACCACCGACAUGCUCACUGACGCGGAGAUCGUGUCAGCGACUUUAUGGGAAAGAGUCCUCCCUUUCGCUGAUGCCGAGAUGAAGUUCAUCCUCGCGCGUCUUACUGCCAUAGCCGCUUUUCUCGACGACUCGAUCACCGACAAGACUGUAUACGACGACAUCAACGAGUUCGCAUGCCGGGCGUAUCUCGGCGAAGCCCAGCCCGACGGCGUCCUCGCGCUGUUCUAUCAGUGCCUUCAAGAGCUUUCCAAGGCGCACGAAGGAGAUGCAGUCCUGAGGUGUUUGGCGGUCACCUCAUGGUUCACCUUCCCCGAUACAUGCCUUCUGGAGAAGAGGCUUUUGACUGUCGACCCCGAGCUGCGCGCCAGCCCUCAAGACAUGGGAUUUCCUGGGCUCUUGCAGUCCAGAACUCGCCGUAUCAAGGUCGCCCCAAAGAUGCCGCCAGUAGAAGCAGAGGUCAAUUUUCCCAUGUAUCUCCGCGACAAGAGCGGGUUUGGGGAGGCAUUUGCUGCUGCGAUAUUCAAGGCAUCCAAGAAUCAGGAGUUACCCUUAUCAAGAUUCGUGAAGGCCUUCCCGGACCUGAUAUAUUACAUCGAGGUGAUCAACGACCUCUUGUCUUUCCAUAAAGAGCAGCUGGCUGGAGAAACAGUCAACAUGAUCAGCCUUCAGCACCAAUCAUGGAGGGGAGGUAAGGGUACAGGGCCGCUGGAUGAGUGGACGAUGGUAGACACCUAUGGCCGCCUAUGUGACCAGGUUCGGGACGCGACAUUGAGGAUAGACAAGCUGCUCAGACUGGAGGAGUGCGAAAUGGUUGAGAGUGGCGAGUUGAGAUACGAAGACGUGGGUCUCGAGGCGGUGGAUGUGACGAUUGCGAUGCAGUGGCGCGAGUACAGGAACAUCUGCGGCGAUGUGCGCCGAGCAAGCGCCAAGUUGUUACCGAUUUGA